AGCCUGUAUAUAUAAGGCUUGGCCAGGCCAGCCUCUGCCUCAAACCCUCAUCUCAAACCUGCGAAGAUGGUUCGUCAGCUGUUGGUGGCGGUGGCAGGCGUGGUGUUGGUGGCCGCAUGGGCUGCAGCAGAACCCUGUUAUUCCUGUGACCAUUCCGGCAAGCAGCAUCGGAGAUUCGGUGUGCCCGGAGGGCUCUCACAGGCGGGGAGGUUCUCACACAGCCAAAGCCAGAGCCAGCAGAGCAGCUUCAGUCAAUCCCAGAGUCACGCCCAUUCUCACAGCCAAGCCCACGCCCAGAGCCAAGCCCAUGCCCAAGCCCAAGCCAACGCCCAGAGCCAAGCCCAUGCCCAAGCUCACGCCCAAAGUCAGGCUCGCGCUCAGAGUCAUGCUCAGAGUCACGCCCAAAGCCACGCUCAGAGUCAGGCGUUCAACCGCGGCAGCAGCAACAUAGGAAGCCACGGAGGCUUGGGCGGUAGCCACGGAGGCCAAGGCGGUAGUCACGGAGGCCUGGGCGGUAGUAACGGAGGCCAGGGUGGGAGACACAAUGUGGGCCAUCCAACAGGGUGUCCUGGGUGUGGGUGCGGGGGUUGCGGGGAUUCCUGCGGAUGGUGCGGCGGCAACUAUGGCCGUAGGAAGAGGAGUGUCGAUGGCCUGGCGCAGAGCGUUGACGUGCAAAACUUGUUUGAUGCCAUUUCAUCGGAGGACAAGGACCAGUGUGGGCUGCGUCUGGUGUGCGAGCUGGCGCAAGAAGACCCGCGAAACUUGGCUGAGGACGAGGUGCAGAUUCUCCUGCCUUACAGGGGCGCUGGGGAAAGCGACGGUACUGCUUACGGUCAAUACGACGAGGCGGCGUGGCACGGGCAGGAGGGUCACCAGUGUGCCGAGCACUACCCGCAGUGCGCCUUCACCGCUAGCCAGAUCAUGGAUGAGUACCGCAAGGAGGUCGCUGCUUCGCCCAGCGAAGAUUGAUGAAUAAUCUCAGUUGUUAUUCCUCAGAUUUGCCAUGUACUACUCGACAAGCUCUUGUGAUGAUAACAUCUUAGCGUAACAAAAUUCUACCUCCGGCAAAGUUUAAUUUUCAAGUAAUUUUUACAGUGAAUAAAUACAUUGUGAUGAA